GCUGAUUCGUCACCUAAACAUGAUGUCUCAGACUGCUGCUGUCCUUGCCUGCAGAAACAUUGCCUAAAUUCGGGGGUUUUGAAUGAGCAUGAACAAGUAGACGAGCUGUGUAUUGUCCAGCAUUCGGUGGAUCUCUUAUAGCGACGACGACUUUGGAAGGUAUCUAUGACGGAAUAACCAAACCCACCACAAGGAAACAAAACAAUGGGUUGCUGCCAAAGUGGCUCCAAGAAAAAAGUGGUGGACCCCGAACCCGGAAAUUACAUUUAUCCAUCCAUUACCCCCAGCAGCGAAGAUGGCGGUCACGCGGACAUUCCCAUGUCAAAUAUCACGUCUAACGGCAAGGUGAAGGACAAAGACAACUGUGUUAAACGUCCCUUGAAUAUUAAUCUAUCUAACAAUGCUCUAGGUUCGAAAACUUCCCUUGUUUCAACAGAAAGAAGUCAAAGCAUCCUAGCUUUAAGUGAUUCACCUUGCAGCAUCAGUCAAGUUAAAGCCAGCUGUUACAGUCUUCGCUCCAUCUCCUCUUAUGCCACACUCCGUUCCUCGUUUCUAAGUGUCUAUUCAGCCAUCAGUCUUCGCUCACUCACUGAAACCGAGGAGGAACACCGGAUCGACCCUAGCUACGCGGUUAAACUCUUGUCAGAUCUAAACAAUUUCCGUAAGGAGAAUAGAUUUACUGACGUUCUGUUGUGUGCCGGUGAUGUGGAAAUCCCCGGUCAUCGUGUAGUUCUUGCCGCAAGUAGUCCAUAUAUUCUAUCCAUAUUUGCGAUAGAAGCACUCGAAGAUGGACGCCUUUAUUUGGACUACAUUGAGCCGGAUAUAUUACACUUACUUGUGGAAUACAUCUAUACGUCUAAGUUAUCAGUGACGAAGGAAAAUGUUGGCGCCCUCAUCAAGGGUACGCAGACACUGCAGCUUAACUCAGCGGAACAAGCCUGUCAGGAGUUUGUACUUAAUCUGGAGAACCAGGACGAAAAUGGAAACGGGGAGACAGCGAGUACGAAGAGCGUCCUCUAUCAGCCAUAUCAUGCUAUUGAAACCUUGCUCGGACUUAACGAUAUGCGGAGAGAAGAGAUAUUUACUGACGUUACUUUCAAAGCGGAGGAUGAGGAAUUUGUCUGCCACUGCGUUGUCAUGGCAACAACAGGGGAUUAUUUUGAGAAACUGCUCGAAGGUUCAGACGAUGAGCAUGUUAAAAUAUCCAUAAAAAAUGCGUCUGCAAGUGUUAUGAAACGACUUGUGGAAUACACUUAUACGUCAAACCUGGACAUUCAUCAUGAGAAUGCCAAGGAUAUUCUGGCGCUUGCAAGUAUACUAAGGCAUGAUGCUGUCUUGGAAAAGUGCACAGAAUUUCUAAAACGUCGUAUCACGCCUGCAAACUGCCUCGGAGUGCAGUCGUUAGCAAGAAAACACGGCGUGGAACAACUAGAGAAGGCCGCCACAAAAGUUGCCGUUAUGAACUUCAAAGAAGUACGCUUACAUCCGGAAUUUUUUGAAAUGUGCCUGAACCAGAUUGAAAGGUUGAUUAGCGAAGAUACGCUUGAUGUUAAGACUGAAAGUGAAGUAUACAGUGCUGUCAUGCAAUGGGUGAAACACGACGUAGAGAAAAGAAAAGUAUAUCUCCCUGAACUUAUGCAGUCUGUACGUCUGUCAUAUCUAUCACCAAAGUUUCUUGAGGAGAUACCUGCAGCCGAACCUCUGAUCCAGGAGUCAGAGGCAUGCAAGAAGCUCAUCCGAGAUGCCACAAUCGUGCACCUCGUUAUUAGAAAAGGGAAAUUUCAUCGAGAUCCAAGGCCAAAGGCAAGGUAUUCAUUCGGUGAGGUGAUGGUGAUCGUUGGAGGAAAAAAUAAAAACGAGCAGUGGAUAAAAGAUGUGCAAUAUUAUCACCCGAACGAGCGUCAUUGGUAUUCCUUGGCUUCUAUGGAAAACGAUAGCGUGGAGUAUAAAGUGACUACCCUCAACAAUGACAUCUACGUUGUUGGUGGUCUCAAUUGCAACAGAGUCAGUGGAGAAACAUGGCGAUAUGAUUCUCUCUAUAAUGAUUGGUCAAGAGCGUCUGAUUUGAGAGUUGGCCGUUAUUUGCACUCUCUGGGCGUUGCUAACAAUAGAAUUUACGCGAUUGGUGGACAGAGUUCUCUUGACGACAACUCACAGUCUUUGAAAAGUGUGGAGAAGUUCGAUAGGAAAUUAAAUACAUGGCAACAAGUCCAGGAAAUGUAUCACGGUGUUCUUGAACCGGCAGUGACGUCAUGCGGGUGGAAGCUUUAUGUCAUCAGUCGGAAAGAUGAUGGUGAUGACUGCGUUGUUCAAUAUUUUGAUAUUAGCAAUAAGACUUGGAGUGUUGUCGAUUCUGUUAACAUAACGGGACCAGUACAAAUCGCAGGAACAAUCCGUGGACAGGUAUACAUAGUUGGAGGAAAGAGCAAGUUCGCAGUUCAAGUCUACAAACCAGACACGAACGAACUCUCAUCCGGGACAUGCGAGGAACAUGCGGAGGAGCACUCGCGUGAUUUGUAUUCGGGAACCAUACUUAAUCGACGCGUUUAUGUCACCGGGGGUCGCUGGGUGAUUGGCAAAGAAGACGAUGACGCGUUGACAAUGGUUACUAAUAAUAUGGAGUCAUAUGACCCCGUUCAAGACGAAUGGACGACGAUGAAAACAGUACCGAAAGCUUUGACCAAGCACGGAUGCGUCACAAUUAGACAAUAUAUCGGACUUCCAAAAUCGAAAUAAACAAAUCGGCAAAAUACAUGCACACACAAAUAGACUUAGCGUUGAAUCACUUUAGGAAAUGUAAACUGUGGACAGGGACAGCAGUCGUGAGAGCAAUCAAUAUUUCCCGCUAAAAUUUGUUUCAGUUUGUCAAAAUGUUUCCCAGUCAUAUUUGUGUGUGACUGUUACGUUG